AUGGACGCUCCGGCCACCGCUUCUCGACAGCCGAUCGCCGAGGAACCCAGGAUGUCCCAAGAAUCGUCCCUCUCGACCGUUUCCACCACCAGCCUCGUCUUCGACCGCCUGCACGAGCAUAAUGAGAAGAGCUACCACUCUUCCUCCCAGCGCCGCCGCGCCCCGUCUGCCUCCCGUGGCGGCUAUGCCGACCACCCCGACGACGACGACGACGACGAUGAAAGCUACAAGGAGGCCGACACGAAUGACCUCGAGACGGGGCCCUUCCUCGCCCCCGCCAGCGUUAUGAUGCGCCGCGUAGGUGUCGAUCGCGGCCUGAAGAAGGUGAUACUGAUACUCGCCGCCGCCUUCCUCUUUGCGUGGGGAGCCGCCCUCUUCGUCUUCCUGUCCAACAAGUCGUAUAAGCACGCCAGCACCAUCGACCACGACCCGUCGGCGACCUCGCGCGGCUCCGGGAAGCCCGUGACGCUAGAUCAGGUCAUUUCCGGCUUCUGGUACCCGACCUCUCACUCCAUCAGCUGGAUCGAGGGGCCCAACGGGGAGGACGGCUUGCUGCUCGAGCAGGGCGCCCGUGGCAAGGACUACCUCGUCGUUGAGGACGUGAGAUCCGGCAACAAGGACAGCCAGGUCUCGGCCAACGUCGUCCAGAGCCGUACCCUGAUGAAGAAUCCGUGGAUCAAUGUCGGUGGCCGGCAAUUGGCGCCCUCCGACACCCGCCCGAGCAAGGACAUGAAGAAGGUGCUCGUCUCGACCGACCGCCAGCGCAACUGGCGCUACUCCUACACCGCGCUGUACUGGAUCUUUGACGUGGAAACCCAGACGGCCGAAGCUCUCGAUCCCGAGCACCCCGACGGCCGCGUGCAGCUCGCGACUUGGAGCCCUCAGAGCAAUGCCAUCGUCUUCACCAGGGACAACAACCUCUUUCUGCGCAAGCUGGACGGUGACAAGAAGGUCACCCAGAUCACAAACGACGGUGGACCCGAGUACUUCUACGGCAUCCCCGAUUGGGUCUACGAGGAGGAAGUCUUCGCUACCAAUAGCGCCACAUGGUACUCGGAGGAUGGCAAGUACGUCGCGUUCCUCCGAACCAACGAGACGGGCGUCCCGGAGUACCCCCUACAGUACUUCCUGUCGAGGCCUUCGGGCAAAGAGAAGCCUCCGGGCGAAGAGACGUACCCGGAUGAGAAGCGCAUCAAGUACCCUCGUGCCGGAAGCCACAAUCCCGUUGUGGACCUCCUGUUCUUUGACGUCGAGCGCGGCGACGUCUUCUCGGUCGAUAUCGACGGCGGCUUCGCCGACGACGACAGGCUCAUUAACAUGGUCCUCUGGGCCAACGACAAGGUCCUGAUCAAGGAGACCAACCGCGUGAGCGACAUCAUGCGGGUGGUGCUCGUCGACGUCGUUGCCCGCACCGGCAAGACCGUCAACACCAUUGACGUGGGCGAGCUCGACGGCGGCUGGUUCGAGAUAUCCCACACCACCCAGUUCAUCCCUGCCGACCCCGCCAACGGACGGCCGCAGGACGGCUACAUCGACACCGUGGUCCACGGCAACGGCGACCACAUUGCCUACUUCUCGCCGAUGGACAAUGCCGAGCCCGUCUACCUCACCGGCGGCGACUGGGAAGUCGACGACGGGCCCUCCGCCGUCGAUCUGAAGAAUAACCUCGUCUACUUCGUGGCGACAAAGGAGUCCUCCAUUCAACGCCACGUCUACAGCGUCCACCUCAACAGGUCCGACCUCAAACCCUUCACCGACACAAAGUUCGAGAGCUACUACGACAUCUCCUUCUCGAGCGGCGCGGGCUACGCCCUCCUGUCGUACCAGGGCCCCAAGAUCCCGUGGCAAAAGGUCGUCAGCACGCCGAGCAGCCCCGUCAGCUACGAGCACGUCGUCGAGAAGAACGAGGACCUCGCCGAGAACGCCAAGAAGUACGAGCUCCCCAUCCUCAACUACGGCACCCUCAAGGUCGACGGCGUCGAGCUCAACUAUGUCGAGCGCCGUCCCCCCCACUUCGACGAAAAGAAGAAGUACCCGGUCCUGUUCCAGCAGUACUCCGGCCCCGGGUCCCAGAGCGUGCACAAGAAGUUCGCCGUCGACUUCCAGUCCUACGUCGCCUCGGCGCUCGGCUACCUCGUCGUCACCGUCGACGGCCGCGGCACGGGCUUCAUCGGCCGCAAGAACCGCGUCCUCAUCCGCGACCACCUCGGCUACUGGGAGGCCCACGACCAGAUCGCCGCCGCCCAGGCCUGGGCCGCCAAGAAGUACGUCGACCCGGCGCGCAUCGCCAUCUGGGGCUGGAGCUACGGCGGCUUCAACACCCUCAAGACGCUCGAGAUGGACGCCGGCCGCACCUUCAGCUACGGCAUGGCCGUCGCCCCCGUCACCGACUGGCGCUUCUACGACUCCAUCUACACCGAGCGCUACAUGCGCACCCCCCAGCUCAACCCCUCGGGCUACGACCAGACGGCCGUCUCCAACGUCUCGGCCCUCGCCGGCAACGUCCGCUGGCUCAUGAUGCACGGCGUCGGCGACGACAACGUCCACUACCAGAACACCCUCACCCUCCUCGACAAGCUCGACCUCAACGGCAUCGAGAACUACGACGUCCACGUCUUCCCCGACAGCGACCAUGGCAUAUACUUUCACGGCGCAAACAGGAUUGUCUACGAUAAACUCAGCAACUGGCUCAUCAACGCCUUCAACGGCGAGUGGCUCAAGGUCGCCGGCGCGAAGCCCAUCGUCGAGCCCAAAGCGAGGGUGUAG